AUGGUGGGGAGUAAAGAGGAAGCAGUUAUAAAAGUGGGAGGCAUGGUUAUCGAUGAUAAUGACGAUAACGAUGAGAUUGAAACGACCAAUUAUUUUGGUGAUAGUGUGCAUAAUAUUAAUCCCUGCAAGAAUACCGAUAAUUACAACAAUCAACCCACCGGAAGCCGCCGAGAACGAGCUCGAGCAUCGCGGAAAUGCUCAUCACCAGCAUUGAAUCACUAUGAGUUUUUCUAUUAUUCUAGGUUUGGGCCGUCGUGGCAGAAAAAGAGACGCGGCGGCAGUAGAGUAAGGGAAAUCAUGGACUAUCAUAUUGAGGUCAAAAACAACAGAAUCGUUGUCACUGUCCAAAAUAAUUCGGCGAUGUCUUCUUCUUCACAAAUAGAUGAUAACGAAGAAUUUGAUUAUGUCGAUGAGGAGGACGAGGAGAAUGGAGACAGUGGCAAGAAACGAAUGAAAAAGCCUAUUAAAGCAAGAUCGUUGAAGUCCCUGUUGUGA